AUGGAUCACCAAGCUCGCCAAUUCCAGUUUCCAUCUGCUCGUGCUCUCAACAACUCAGAGCCAAAGACGAUAGUCACGUUACCGUAUCCGUUCCAUGGGACUGAUAAUACCGUACACAACAAGACCGUUUACUACAGUUAUGACAGUGCUCUGAUCUCAUUCAGUAUGAAAAAUGGAGACAUGAAAGAAUUACGGCUGAACGCUUCAUUGGGGAUUCUGUAUAACAACUCUACCUCCCGCAUGAACAUACAAGCCGACGAGCACGGGCUGUGGAUACUGUAUCGAGAAAUUGGUGAGACGUUCCUGACAGCCACUCGGAUCGAGCCAAAAAGUUUGAAGAUAGUAUCCGUUCGGACGUUACUGGCUAUCACGCCCGAACGGCUUUGUAAUGCAUUCGUCCGUUGCGGGACACUGUAUACCGUAACAUGUGACGUCGACCAUGUGACAGUGGCCGCAGCUUACGACUUUCACACACAUAUGUACGUCAACGGCAAGCAGAGCGAGUGGAUAGGUACAGAAAUCUACCUUUCAGUUAUGAAUCUUAGGAAAUGA